AUGGAUUUCAUCAAGACCAGUUCCCUGCGUGCUCUGAUUGAGUUAACUUUCCAACGCAACUGGAACGGCCUCAUUUGGAUGAGUAGAAAAGGAGUUAUAGCCAAAAGAGUGAAGACUGCUCCAGACGGCUCUAUCGAGAAUCAGCGCCGAACCGCGCAGACCGGCUGGCCGAGGAACGAAUGUUCCGCGCUCGGCCAAAACCCCCGCGGUCGGCCACGCCACAACGCCACGCCAGCCGCGCACGACCAGCCGCGCGAGCCGGGAAACGCCUCGCGGCCGCGCAACCUCUCGCGUACCACGGCCGAUGCUUCCGUCCGAGCCGGGAAACACGUCCCGUCCGGCCGAGAAACCAUCGGCCAAUCUUCAUCCGUCCGACCACACCGGCCGACCGUGAAAUCAUCCGGCCACGACCGUUCCGACUCGGCCAAAGACCCGACUGUCCGGCCGAUCGUCCCGACCGACCGUCCGAACGCCGCGGUCGACCCGAAGCCGUUUUUGAAGCCCAAUCCGCACAAUUCAAGCCCAAAGCCGGCGCCGACCUAG